CGUCAAGGUCUCAAGGUCAACUUUUAAAUAUGGCUGAUGACAGUUGUGGGUGACAGAUUGCAAAAGGGAUUCUAAAUUAAAAUUCAGCAUAAUUAUAUUUUAGCUAUUUACGAGUUGUAGAAAGCAAAAUAGUAGUGACAUGUAAAUAAAAGUUUGCGCGUUGUUAAUGAGCUUAUGGUAGUUGUAAAUAUAAAAAUAGUUUGCAAUUUAAACAGUGCUGUGAUAAUAUUGUAAUGGCUGAUGAAGGCUCUGAGCAGGAGCUAAGGAAAAACCUUCAUAUUAUCCAGAAUAUGAUAGAUGUUUCAGCUCAGAGAUUAGAAGGACUAAGGACCCAAUGUGCUACUAGUGCUGAGUUGACUCAGCAAGAGAUCAGAACCCUAGAGGGCAAGUUAAUAAAGCUCUUCUCAGACCAACUAGUUACAAAACAGAAGUUAAAAAAUGGCCAUAAGGAUGAGCACAUUCCAUCAUUGACCCAGUGGCUUCAAGUUGUUGGACUGAGCAAGAACAGUAUCACAGGAUUAUGUCAGAAGAUUGCCUCUGUGGAAGAGCUACAAGAGAAGUCAGAACAUGAACUUAAGGCUAUUCUUACAGAUAAGGGAGCUAGGCAAGAGGAGCUAAAUAAACUUUUCAGGGCAUUACAUAAUCUUAAAAGAUAUACAGAUAUCUUGAAACGGGGCGACAAAGACGCCGCAACAUGUACGGACAUGCACCUGUAUUGGGAUUCCUGGGAUCGUCACAAUCAACUGAAAAACGCCGUAGGGGAAGUGUCCCCGCGACCGGGCCGAUCGCGCGCUGCCCGUGCGUCGGUGCCCUCCGAGGAAAGCCUCCUUAACAACAACUAUGGGGGUGGCAAACAUCAUCGGGGAGGUCCAACAGCGGGUGAAACAGGCAUGUCCGCAUCCCCGUCCAUGUCUAGUAUCGGCUCGUUGAAUGCUUGCGCUGGUGGUGGCGGGCAUUUUGCGGUGGUGCCGCCCCCCCUGACGCCUCCACCGGGGCAGGCGACUUCCGCCAACAAGGGGGGGAAAGGUAUGAAGUUUCCUACCACACCACCAGCAAGGCGAAAACACCUGACUGGUAAUCAACCAGUUCUACUUCCAGAUACUUUUCCGCUUACGAAAAGUAAAUCACACGAAUCACAGCUUGCCAGUUCCAAAGACGGGGAUACAAAUCCUUCAAAUGGAACUGGUAUGGUUGGGAGAAGAGCAAGAUUACCUACAGAGCCUGGACCUGAAACGAUGGGAUACACUAGUCCGACAAGUCCCAUCAAGUCACCACCUUACAAUAAUUCAUGUGGAGACAGUGAUGACAGUAGUUACAAAUCUAUAAGCUUGCAAGUGCCAAGAUCUCCACGUACACCAGUGACGCCCCGAGUGAUGACCCAUCAGAUCAAACAUCGUUUCACAAAGACCCUAAAGUUAAUGUCAUCAUGUGGCUACUGUCAGAAACCGAUAUAUUUUGGCACUGGACUUAAGUGCAAGGAGUGUAAAUAUACCUGUCACAGGGACUGCGAAGAUAAGGUAGCUCCAUCUUGCGGGUUGCCACCUGAACUACUUGACGAAUUCAAAAAGAAGUUGUCCAUGGAAACAGGGCAAGUGUUCGUGUCUCCGACAGCAGGAAGGGCUAGCAAUGCGAAAAAUAUCAUGAACUCACUAACGAGAAGUAGGAAUAGAAAAAGUUCACACCCUCAACCUUUAAUCAGUACACCGGCCUUUCCACCUCCAGAUUCAAGCUCAAACACCUCUAGCUGUAAUAGUUCCACCCCAUCGAGUCCUGCCGUGCAGAUCUUAACAACUCCACAUUCUAGUCACAAAUCCACAUUCCAUUUUCCAGAAGUUAAUGACGGUCUGAUCGGCGGUGGUGGCAGCGGUUCAACGACACCCCUAAUGUCAUCUUCCACGUCAUCAGACCACCAUACGGAGCCUCUAACGCCAGAUGCAAUUGCGUUAUCGUCGGCGUCGUCGUCUUUGUCGACAGCAUCUUCUGUGCAACCUCCCCCGCCGCCCGAACAACCGCCCUUGCAGCAACACCCACCGACUAUCGUACAGGAGCUAACGGGUUCACAACAGUCGCAUGGGGUGGGAACUGACAGUGACAGGACUGCAUCACAAACAUCGGGUACGUCAGGGAGUACAGAUUCGGACAGAACGCCAGUGAGAGUCGACAGCCAAGAUAGUCAGGUAUCAGAUACAGAAACUGUGACAGAUGGUGGGCUAGGAGCAAGUGCAGCAGGAAAUCGAUGGCCCAGACAGAGCAGCUUAUCGAUGCGGGAAUGGGAUAUCCCUUUUGACGAGCUGAAAAUAGGAGAGCUAAUAGGAUCAGGUCGUUUUGGAGCUGUCUACCGAGGACAGUGGCAUGGAGACGUUGCUGUUAAAGUAUUAGACGUCAACUACCUCAAGGACGAAAAGACAUUGGAGCAAUUCAAAAAUGAGGUAUCUACGUUCAGGAAAACUCGUCAUGAGAAUCUGAUAUUAUUUAUGGGUGCUUGUAUGAAACCACCUCAACUAGCUAUUGUUACAAGCUUAAGUAAAGGAAUGACGCUCUACACUCACAUACAUCUCAGAAAAGACAAGUUUAAUAUGACAAAGACGAAAAACGUCGCUCAACAAAUCUCACAGGGGAUGGGAUACUUACACGCCAAAGGCAUCGUUCACAAGGAUUUGAAGAGCAAGAAUAUUUUUGUUGAGAAUGGCAAAGUAGUAAUAACGGAUUUUGGAUUAUUCAGCAUAACAAAAUUAUGCUUCGGAAAUCGUAAAUCUGAUAGUUUGGGCAUUCCACCUGGAUGGCUGUGUUAUUUAGCUCCCGAAAUAAUGCGGAGUUUGCAAGCUCAUAAUCCCCAUGACGUGGAACUACCCUUCAGUAAAGCAUCUGACGUCUAUGCUUUCGGUACUGUUUGGUACGAAUUACUGUGUGGUGAAUGGCCUUUCAAAGGUCAACCCCCUGAGGCUGUGAUAUGGCAGGUUGGAAAAGGCAUGAAACAACCUUUGGCUAACCUUCAGGCAUCCAGAGACGUCAAGGAUAUCCUAAUGUUGUGUUGGUCAUUUCGGCCAGGUGACAGGCCUGAUUUCAUCAGGUUACACAACAUCAUGGACAAGUUACCGAAAAAGCGACUGGAGAGGAGUCCAUCACAUCCUAUACAUCUUUCCAGAUCUGCCGAGUCUGUAUUUUGAACAGUUUUACGUUACUAUUGGUUAUCUGAAAAGUUCGAAUCCCUCUCAACUGCAGAGUUAUCACUAGACGGGUACUGUCGAUUUUGGUUUGUAUGAACAUGCGCAGAUACAUCUAGUGCAUUCCUUAGUAGGGUGUCCACUUAAAAAUCAGGGGAAAGGGUUCUUCAAGAUAAGCCGCGGUAGGACUAAUAGAAGAAAAAUAUGCUUGUUCAAAGUCAAAUGCAGACAGUUGAUGAUUUUUGUCAAAUCGCGUUGCUGGGAUUUUUUAUAUCUAGAAUGGACACCCUGAUUAAUGGUGUCCCUAAUCACUUUUGGGAGAUAAUGCAGAAUUGUUAAAUUUUAUAGACCGUGUCUAUUUGUUUUCUAAAUACACGAUCGUUUUUAAGGUACUGAUGUUUAUAAAAUCCACCUUUAUUAUUAUACAAAACCUCUGUACUAAAGAUGGUACAGAAAAAGGUGUCAGACUCCAAAUUAUGGAAGCAUGAAGUGGUUAAUACAUUUAUCUUAAAUGUAUAGUGCAUAAUUUAAAAUACAUAUUUGAUGGCAUGGGUAGAAAACUGUAUGCAUAGCAGCUUUCACUUGGAUUUGCGAAGAUUCUUUUGUAGUAUCUACUUACUCUCUAGUUUUAUCAAGUUGUAUGAAUCACGAAUCGGGUAAAAAUUCUAUUUCCAAAAAUGAAGAUGUAUAUGACCACCAUGAUUCCAGUACAAGACACUGAAACUGUUAUGUGAUAUAUUUCUAAAGGCGUACCAGGCAGAAAAUAUUGUACAAUGUAGAGGUUAAAACCCUAGAAAUACGCGUUCAGUUCAAAUUUGUUUGGACGAACAUUCACUCCGUACUUUAAUAGAUAGACAAAGCUUUAAAACAUGUUAUCAACUAAACUGUAUUAUAUUGUAUCUAUUUUUUGUUACCUUCUUUUGCUUUUACAGUGUAAGUAAAAAUAGUUGAAGCUAUGAAACAAGCCAAAUUACACAAAAUUUUGAUGAAACGCUGGAGUCCUUAAAGGCAAUGGAAAAUCAUCCACAUAAAAUGUAUUUUUUGUAUAUAACAAAUACUAGUCUAUGAGGUUGCAACAUAGAUAUCAAGUACUUGAAUAUUGGGGGAAAAUACUACUAUCAUCACUUUCACUGAAAGAGCGUAUUUCUACUCAACAAUCCUAAUGUUCUCAUUGUUAGGUUUACAAAUGUUAUGUAAAUAUUUGAAAAUUGUAAAAGUGUAAAUACUGUAAUAUUUUCCAAGGGCAUGCCCCUUUGUGUGCAUAUAAUGUUUUAAGGAUCCACAUUCCUUAAUGUUUCUUAAACUCUAGUCAAUUUACGUUUAAAAUUGCUGAGAUUCGAAGGUUUGUUCCUGUUGUCUUAAGAUAGCGGCCUUUGAAUUACAUUUUCUGAGGUUCCGUGUAUGACAAAGAUCAUUCUCAAUUCCAGUUAGUAUUGAAGAGAUCAAGAAUUGUCUUGUCCAGUGGGAGAGUUCACUUUAAGAUUCAAGAAAAAAAAAACAAACUUGAUGAAAAGAAAAUAUUUAUUAUCAACAUAUUCCUAAAUUCGGCGGGUUUUAUUUCUUGAAUAUCGUUCCGUCCAAAUGUUUGCCAUCGCUUUCGGACACACUUGUUUAUUUCUCGUCGAAUUUUGUCUUUAAGCUCCUCCAGGGUUCGUGGAUUAUUGGAAUACGCUUUUGACUUAAGAUAAUUCCACAAAAAAUAAUCGCCUGGCGUGAGGUCAGGUGUCCUAGGAAACCAGUGAAUGUCUCCAAACUUCGAUAUAACUUUUUGACGAAAAACUGCUUUCAUCGUGUCCAUUGAUUGUUCAAGAUCCGUUCAGCACAAGAUUUUCGUAAUACGCAAUCACUUUCCUUUAAAGCAUGGACUGAUUGGAUUUAAUAAGAAUGAAAACCCAUUUUUUUUUUCAUUAUGCCAUGCAGUGUUGACCUAGAGAUUCCCAAAGCUGCGGAAUGCUUCCGUACAGAACGCCGAGGAUUUGCAAUGGCCGAAUCACUUACUCGACGCAUAUUUUCUUCGGUUGAUACAGUAGAUGUGGGGCCAGGAAUGUGUGGACUAAGAGUCUAUUUCACUUAACCUCUUAAUCCACUUUUUCAAUAGGUUCUUACUUGGGGCAUCUCUUGGUCGGCAAAUGCUUUAUCGUGUAUGAUCACCACUCUUAAAGUAAGACUCGAUAGCAAAAGCACGUUGCGCUCCGGUCCAAUGUUCCAUUGUAACUAUUUAACCCGCACGCCGAACGCGUCGAUCGAGACCUCCCCACUUCCUCGCGUAUACGGUUUCCGCGUAAUUCAAAUUUGAAAUAAUGUGAACUUUCCCACUGGAAUUGACGAUUAAAAUAUGUCAGAUUUGCAAAUUAACACGAGGAUCUUUGUCAUAACGGAACUCAGACAGUCUGCAGUACAGUUACAUAUAGAAGACUAGGGCAAAUAAAAAUAAAUAUGAUUUUUUGUUUCAUUUCAAGACCAUAAUAUAUGUGUGCGCGAAGUUCCUGACAAAUCAGUAAUAACUUUUAUUUCCCAAAAUACGUCAAUAAAUCCCUCUUGAUACAA